AUGAAUUCAUUUUUUCCAGAUGCUACAGAUUCGGUUGUUGCAAGCACUACAUUGGCUUCCUCAUCCUCAUCAUCGUCAUCAUCAUCCACAUCAUCAAUAUUAACAUCGGUUCACAAUCGUCGACGUAAGUCGACAUCACCAUCCAGUCCAGAAAACAAACAAUUGGAAGAAUGCUGUGAAACAAGACGAUUCCGAAGUACUAGCAAUCAGGAUAAAACUAACAUCACCAUUACUAGUAGCAGGAACAAAGGAAAAAAUAAUGUUUAUAGUAUAACUAAAUUGCUGGAAAAAAAGGAACUGAAUAACAGUCGAGCCAGCAGCUCAUCGGCAAGCGAUGAUGAUAAUGCGGGAACCGGUCGGUGCCAUUCAGCGGAUGACGAUGGCAGUCGGUGUACAGAUCUGGCAGAAUUCGGACGCGCUGUCACAUGGCCACAUUUUUUCACAGCUGGACCAUCGGCUUUCACAAUCCCUCACAAUGCUAGUUCACUAAUGGAUUCAAGCUCACUUGCCAAUGCUGUUGCUGCUGUCGCUGUUACCGCUGAUGGACGGGACAUAUCUCAAGUCCAACAGAUUCAGAAUGCCUAUCUGUCUUACAUCCUUGGUACAUCGAUGACGGCUGCUGCUUCAGGAACACCAGUGAUACCCCAUCACCAUCCCCUCCAUAUCAUGGUAACACCAUCUGAUACUGGGGAACUUGAUGAUUUGAGAUUGCUAUGA